UUUGCACAGCCUGUCUCACAACCCCAGCCCGAAAAAGAAGAACCGAAGCCAAAAGGCCGAGGUCUAAUUGGUUCAAGGGCAAAACCAGGGUCAGAAGACAAAAUGGCUCAAUUCAAAAAAGAGGCUGAACAAAGAAAGGCAGAACAGGAGGCAAAAACAAGCAAUCAGGAUCAGUCAGGGCCAAAUACAGGUAAGAUGAGUGUUGAUAAUAAUGUGGAGGGGGCAGAGGAAGAUCCUAAUGUGGAAAAAGUGGAAGGUGGAGAAAAAGUGGAAAAACCAGAGAUUGUAAUCACUAUGCAGUCUUCUGAUGAACCAGAAAGUAAUGAAGAUGUUGAUUCAAAAUCUGAGACAAACACAGAAAAGGGAGAUAACUCUGAAAAGCCAAAUGAUGUUGAACAAACUGACAAUGUUGAAAAAUCAGAAGAAAAGAAAGAUGAAAUGCAAAAACCAGAAGAUUCAAAGGAGGAAGAAAACCCAGAAUCCUCAAAGGAACCAAAAGAGCCAGAUGAUUCAAAAGAUGAAGAUAAAAAAGAUACCUCAAAGUCAGCAAAGGAUACAAAAGAACCACCAAAGAGAAGAUUUGUGAAGGACCUAAAGAAGUCCUCAGAAUCAGACUCCAAGAAAAUGGCUAGGUCUCUGUUGCAGCAGAAGAAGAAAACUGGGACUGUUCCAAUGAAGCAAAAAGGGGCUGUCAGGUCUGGUGCCAGAGAACCAGCUAAGAAGGAAGAUUCCAAAGAGAGGGGUGGACAGGAUGAGGAACCAAUGGCUGCAGAAGUUGAAGAAUAUCAGGAGAUAUUUUUUGACAUCCCAGAAUACUUUGGAAAUGAUAGCGUCUGGCGUAAAGGCAAGCAGGACGAACCCAAGAGUCUGAAACUCUCCGUUCAUAAAGGCCCAACAGAAGAAAUGUUUGCCAUGGCAACCAUUGAUUUGGAUGACAUAUUUGAUCAGGAAAUAAAGACUGUGUUCCUUCCAGAACCCCACGGGGACGAUGACGUCCCCCCUCCCCCAGGGGAGAGGGAGAAGGUAGAAGAAUUAGACCUCAAACCCCCCUCUCCAAAAUCUGAGAAUGGGGCCCCAGUGGAGAAACACGAAAUCCUCAAAAAGGUGGAGCCACUCCACUUCCCGAUCUUUGCCCUCAACCCUAAGAAAACGGAUAAUGUACAUGAACCAUGUGGAAAUGUACCCAUUGUGUUUUACCUGGCCAAGCGGAUGAAACCUAAAGUGUGGAAUAGAAAUAAUGGAACUGUCCCCUUCAAUGAUUUUAUCCUGGACAUUGCUGGUAUUGAUCUUCAAACCUGGAAGAAAGAGGACAUGUUUAAAGAAACGGAGAGCCGGGCAGCAUCAGCCAUGGAAUGGCAGCCAGAGGUGCAGGUCAAGGUCGUAGAGAAAGAGGUCAUCAAGGAGGUCAUAGUUCAGGCUGAGCCAAAGAUCAUCGAGGUCCCCAAGACACCACCACCUGCUGAGCCGGAACCUCCAAAAGAGGAUAUGGUGACAAAAGCUGAGUAUGACAAGCUGAUAGGAAAACACAGUGAAGAGCUGGAGCGAGUACAGGCUGAGUACGAAAAACGUCUACAAGAAUUAUUGGAAAACCUGCAGCAAAUGCAACAAACACAACUGGAACAGAAGGAGUUGCUCUUGCAACAGCAACAGCAGCAACAGAAUCGCCCACCACUUGUCCACCAGCGCCCUGUGUCCAGUAGCAGUAAGCGGUCAUCUGCCAGUGGGGGGCGAACCUCGGCUGUCCCCCCUAAGACCCCCUCACAGCUUCAGCCCUCCACCAUGGUCUCCCCCAGUCUGGGAGUCAGUCAGGACAUAAAUCUGCUGCCCAAAACACCACAGACUUAUGAUACACUCACACCCAUUGGGUUUGAGUCUAGAACAGAGAACCAGUCUCUGGGACACUCUAUGCCAGAACUUCCCUCUUUCCAAAGGAAACAGUUUAAGGCGACAAGGCCCCUCCCAACCCUGGGUUCUGAUGUUCCAGAAGAUUUCAUGUCACGGUUGGCCUGGUUUGAGGAGACCAGUAAGAAACACCAGCAGGAGAAUCAGGAGCGGACCAUGAAGACGAUUCAGGAGGAACUAGAGAAGAAGCUGGCCGGGCAGAAUAAACUCAGCAGGAAAGAGGAGGGGCUGUUUGAUGCAAUGAAGGAUGUCAGCUUGCCAGCAUUGUUUAUGCCAACAAAAACCAACAAUGCCACAAUCUACAAUCCCAGGGCACAUCAGUAUUUCCAUCCUACGGGUUCCACAGAUUUAAGGUUGUCACAACCUCCAUCUGUAUUCCAGUUACCUCCCCUUCCACAGAAAUCUAGAAUGUCAGUGGUGAAUCUUUUUGAACUGAGCAGGAAUUUUAACCGUAAGGACCAGGCAUGGCUGAUGGACAAAUACAUUCAACAGCAAGAGCCCCUACAGAAUGUACACGGGACAGUACCCCAGACCCCCGCCCCGACCCAGGACCAACAGAGUGUGAGGGACGACAGCCCAGGUAAACAGAGGGACGGACCUGGACAGACAUGAAUUUUUACAUACAUUCCCUAGGAAAUAAUCAUAUGUGUCAAAAACAUGGGUGUUUGUCAAGUGUCUAACUUGUGCCUAAUGACAAAAGCAGUUAUGUAUCUAUCUGAGAGUCAGGUUUUUAAUGAGUUUGUGUCUGUGAUUUCUUGUUCAUAUCUAUCAUCUGUGAUACAUUUUCAAAUUGUAUUAUUUUUUUAUUAAUCAUGUUUUUGAAAUUUUUUACUUUUAACCUGUCCAAUUCCUUUUUAAAAAUCUUUAUUUUUUUAUGAUUUUUUUUUUAAAAUUUUAUUUAGGAUAUUUUUUAAAAUUCUUAUGUUUAAAUUCUUAUAUGUAACAUGUAUUUGGUAAAAUAACAAAUACAGGUAGUGUUCAUAGUGUAAUUCUAAAACUUUGAAAUUCAAUUGUGUCCAUGAAAUACUGU